UAGACAUGCGCAUAAUACAGAGGAAGACCAGUGUUUAGCCGACGGCAUUAAAUUGUAAACAUUAGCAACCCGGGCGACUACUUUCUGUCUUUGGAAUGGAAAUAUAAGGUCAACCCAAGGUGUGGGACCAAACAUUGUUCUUCAGUGCAUGGACGCAAAGCCAAUGCGCAGGGUCACCAGCGCACGCCAAGACGCCACUGGAAUGGACAUCACCAGCCGCUGUACUCUGGGGGACCCCAACAAGCUCCCUGAAGGGGUCCCCCAGCCUGCACGCAUGCCCUAUGUGUCGGACAAACACCCCCGACAGACCCUGGAGGUGAUCAACCUGUUGAGAAAACACCGUGAGCUCUGUGAUGUGGUGCUGGUGGUGGGUGCCAAGAAGAUCUACGCUCACCGUGUGAUUCUGUCUGCCUGUAGCCCCUACUUCAGGGCGAUGUUCACUGGAGAGCUGGCUGAGAGCAGGCAGACGGAAGUGGUUAUCCGCGACAUCGAUGAGAGAGCCAUGGAGCUGCUCAUUGACUUUGCCUACACCUCCCAGGUGACAGUAGAGGAGGGAAAUGUCCAGACGCUGCUCCCUGCGGCCUGUCUUCUCCAGCUGGCUGAGAUCCAGGAGGCCUGCUGCGAGUUCCUCAAGAGGCAGCUGGAUCCCUCCAACUGUCUGGGCAUCAGGGCCUUCGCAGACACACACUCCUGCCGCGAGCUGCUGCGCAUUGCAGACAAGUUCACCCAGCACAACUUUCAGGAGGUAAUGGAAAGUGAGGAGUUCAUGCUGCUGCCUGCCAACCAGUUGAUUGACAUCAUUUCCAGCGAUGAGCUCAAUGUGCGGAGCGAGGAGCAGGUUUUUAACGCUGUGAUGGCCUGGGUGAAAUACAGCAUCCAGGAACGCAGACCACAGCUGCCCCAGGUCCUGCAGCAUGUCCGUCUGCCGCUGCUCAGCCCCAAGUUCCUGGUGGGCACCGUUGGGUCCGACCCUCUUAUUAAGAGUGAUGAGGAGUGCAGAGACCUGGUUGAUGAGGCGAAGAAUUACCUGCUGCUACCGCAGGAGAGGCCACUGAUGCAGGGCCCCAGAACCCGGCCGAGGAAACCCAUCCGCUGUGGAGAGGUACUCUUUGCAGUUGGUGGUUGGUGCAGCGGUGACGCCAUUUCCAGCGUGGAGCGUUACGAUCCCCAGACCAACGAGUGGCGGAUGGUGGCGUCGAUGAGUAAACGGCGAUGUGGCGUCGGCGUCAGUGUUCUGGAUGACUUGCUGUAUGCGGUGGGAGGUCACGACGGCUCGUCGUACCUCAACUCUGUGGAGAGAUAUGAUCCUAAGACCAAUCAGUGGAGCAGUGAUGUGGCCCCCACUAGCACUUGUCGCACCAGUGUAGGAGUGGCUGUCCUCGGUGGUUAUCUGUAUGCUGUCGGGGGACAGGAUGGGGUUUCCUGUCUCAACAUUGUAGAAAGGUAUGAUCCUAAGGAGAACAAAUGGACUCGUGUGGCCUCCAUGAGCACCAGGCGACUGGGUGUAGCUGUGGCUGUGCUGGGGGGCUUCCUGUACGCUGUAGGAGGGUCUGAUGGGACGUCUCCAUUAAAUACAGUGGAACGCUACAACCCUCAAGAGAACCGGUGGCACACGGUGUCUCCGAUGGGAACCAGGAGAAAGCACCUCGGCUGUGCCGUCUACCAGGACAUGAUCUACUCUGUCGGUGGGAGAGACGACACCACAGAGCUGAGCAGCGCUGAGCGAUACAACCCCAGGACAAACCAGUGGUCUCCUGUAGUGGCCAUGACGUCCAGACGGAGCGGGGUGGGCCUGGCUGUAGUAAAUGGUCAGCUGAUGGCAGUGGGAGGCUUCGAUGGGACGACGUAUCUUAAAACUAUAGAAGUCUACGACCCUGAUGCAAACACAUGGAGGUUGUACGGAGGAAUGAACUACCGCCGGCUAGGUGGGGGGGUGGGCGUCAUUAAAAUGACUCACUGUGAAUCCCACAUAUGGUAACACCAACAUCUCGCCCCACCACCCCCUCACACACUUCUCAUCACGUUGCAAUGGAUGCCUCUUCACCAACUCUUGUGCCUCCAAAAGAGACGCUGUAAUUCAUGCGAGCAUGAGAAAACCACGCGGGGACACAAGGCGGAAAGAGGAAACUUUGAACACUAGUUCAUCCCCAUCCCCACUGUGAGGACAUUACCUUUUGGAAUACCCUGGUUGUCCUCAUUGAUUGACCACGGUCUCCAUGAAGUGCACUGAGAGCAGAGGUCUACUAAUGACCUCACCAAGUUUUCACCCUCCAAGCCUCUCGGUCCGGGACAUUUGAUUCGCCGUGUGUGGCGGGACUCAACUCGACCAUAUUGCUGCUGAGGGAGAUCAGCUUACGUUUGUUGGAAGAUGCUUUUUCUUUCAGUCUGUCCAACUGUGAAAGCCUCUAUCACCUUCCCUUGUGUUAAAAUGCCAGAUCCCCAAAUUCUGGUUACUGACCACUGCCCUCAAUGAGUAAAAAACAAACAAACAAAAAACAGCCAGGGGACCAGCAAACCUUCUGUUCAUUGUGUAAGAUUGAUUAUUUCCUGGAGACACAACAUUGCAUUCUGACUGUCAGAGGUAAAUCCACGCUCUCAUUUUUUUUUUUUUACAUAAAUCUCAGCUGUGGCUGUCACGUCUCUGGGCCUCAUUUGUAGCAUUAAGCAGUGGAAAGCCCGUCAGGCAGUUAUGUUCUCAAAGUAGACACCCGGAUAGGGCAAACAGAAUUUUUUUUAUUGGGCAAGAUGGGUAGCAUUAGAAGGAUGUGUAUGAGGAAGUCACAACAUUUUCUUCCAAACUUACGGUCGUUGGAUGAGGCUCUGCUGCUGCAGUUUACAGGAGGUUACUGUGGCUGUUUGGGACGUUGGGUGUUAAAAGAUUUCAGUUCAGAUGCUGACCGUGUGUGUUUUUAAAGGAUCGCCUUUAUGGAAAGGACUUGGACACCAGAGUCAUCCAAUGGUGUAGCUGUUUAUUUUUGCAUAUGUCAAAUGGGAAUAACGGUGUGCAUUUUCAGAAAGGCAUUCCUGGUGUUGCAUUCAGUUUUACACUCUAACAUUGCUUUGUAAAGAAAGGGGGGAAAAAGAAGAAGCUUUAAAGGUCUGUGCCUAGUUCCACACGUCCACAUACCUGGCCAACCGUUGUGUAAUAAUGGUGUGACUGCUGCAUUCUCGUUUUCAGGAAGUUUAAAGAAAAUUGUCCCCUGGGUUCUGCUACGAAAAUGGGGUUUUAGACCCUUUUGAGGUGAUCUGACGAGCACUUAGUUUGAAGCAUACUGAAACCUUAAGGCUGUGAUCCGACAGAGCGCGUUUGCAGGUUGCAAAAUGUGAGGCGCACCACACUGCCAUUUUUUUGGUUAAAAGACGCCCCGAUCAGACAGAGCCAUGCCAGUUGCGUAUUUUUGUUAUUCUUGCUAUGCAACCAUCGAAAUCACCCGUCCUCAGCCAACCGUUAUUUUGCUGUGAAGUGAAAGAGCUUUUCCAUUCGGAGUCAAAGUUUUAUUUGUUAUUUACUCGAGGCAUUCACGUCCCACCUGCCAAAACGCGAGGCGCAUACAGCAACAAAACGCGAGCCGAUCAGCCAUGCAAAAACGCCCCAGGCUGCUAAAAGACGCUGUCUGAUCGGGGCCUAACUGUGUCCUGUACUGGGUGUGAUAGCAUGUGGUCAGCUUUACCUUUACCUUAAAUAGUGUAGGAACUUUAAAGGAUAAUGCUGGCGAUAUUCUUUUUUUUUUGGCCAUAUUCAACAAAUCUCAAAAAAAGUAGUACUCCAAGUACUUUCUAGCUUUCCUGCCCUGUCUGGGGUAAUUAUAUCAGGCUUUGAUGCACACACAAUACUUGUCAGUACAUAUGUUUUUUUGUUGGUUUGGGCCUGCACAUGGGAUUUGUUGACAACACGUGAAUAUAGAAUUUCAUCACUUAACGUUUUAAGGCUUAUUUCACAUAAUGCAUCAAGUACACUUCCUUCACCAGAGUCCAGCUAGAAAAGAAAUGUUUUGUUUCCAAUGUAACUGCCAGUGGCGCGGCCUGGUUGAACAUGGCAAGCAAGGCUCAAGCCCAUGACACAAGAAUUAAGUUCUGUGUCACAAUAAGAAUUGGAUAAAAGUUUGAAAUAUCUUCUGUCAGAACUGAAGCUAUUCUCAGCCAUUCCAUUUAAGAUGCUGAUCACCUCUGGGCGCCAGAUUUACCACAGCCUAGGCAGUACGAAGGCCCAAGCUCAGUUCAGAAAUGUUAAUAGAAACUGUUGGACUCUUCUCAUUUAUUAUUAUUAUUAUUAUUAUUAUUAU